AAACAGAGCCAACUGCAACAAACGGCAAAUGGUUGAAAACUGGUGGAAAUCCUCUUCUCCAUUGCUCUAGAUUUUCUCCCACAAUUUCUUCUUUCCAUCAAAUUCAAUGUAUAAACCUUGUUCCCUGUUAUCUAGGGUUGGCUUUGGCUUCUCCAUUUCCGUUUCUAUGUAACUAUACAUCGCCUCCUUGUUUAAUCCCUCACAUUCACUGAUCUCCGGCUCUCUAGAGUUGAAUUGCAGGACACGUCAUGAUGAUUCCUGAUUCCCUUGUUCGCGAAUCGUCGAUGGAGAAUGGAUCAAUGGAAAUUCCAUGCACGCCGGAGGAAGAGAGGAGGAUCGUAGAGGAAUUGACCGCCAAAGCUGAGGCUAAUUUGCGCGAGGGAAAUUCGUAUUACGUCAUCUCCACCAGGUGGUUUAUGGCAUGGAAAAGGUACAUUGGGAAAAUAGAGAAUGGUUAUCCAUUUGAUAGCAAUUCUGUUGGACAUCCAUCUGUGGCAAAAGAUAGGCCUGGACCAAUUGAUAACAGGGACCUAAUUGUAAAUGAAGUAGUAAAAGAUAAAGAUGAAGAUCUGCUACUUCAUAGAACUCUGCAAGAAGGGCAUGAUUAUGAAUUAGUUCCCGAAGAAGUUUGGGAGAGGCUUCUGAAAUGGUAUAAAGGAGGGCCGGUAUUGCGGCGAAAAAUGAUAUCUGUUGGGGAACAACAUAAGCAAUUCAGUGUGGAGGUCUUCCCUGUACAUCUCAGGUUGAUUGACUCUAGAGACCAGAGUGAGGCAGUUAUAAGGUUAAGUAAAAAGGCUUCUCUAUGUACCCUUUAUGAAAGGGUCUGUCAACUAAAAGCUUUAGAUCCAGAAAAGGUUUGUAUAUGGGACUACUUCAAUAGGAAGCAGAAAACUUUAUUAAAUUCUUCUAGCCAAACUCUGGAGGAGUCUAAUAUACAGAUGGAUCAAGAAAUUCUUCUUGAGGUACCAGUUGAUGGAUCUACCAGGGUCUCAACUGGAAAUAGCUUAGCAAUGAUUCCAGUAGAGUCCACAGGAUCAACGUCUUCCAUUGCUGGUGGGCCAUCUAUAUCUAAUGGGAAUUCAGCUAGUUAUAACUCCAGCAGACACGAGCAAACUACUUCAACAUAUGGGGAUAUGGAGGGUGGACAUGAUGGUUUAAAGCCUGGAUCUGGAGGAGAUAGAGGUCUAGCAGGAUUGCAAAAUUUGGGGAAUACUUGCUUCAUGAAUAGUGCGCUUCAGUGUUUAGUUCAUACACCGUACCUUGUUGAUUACUUCUUUCAAGAUUACAGUAAUGAGCUCAACAAACAAAAUCCUUUGGGAAUGCAUGGAGAGCUUGCGCUCGCAUUUGGUGAAUUGCUGAGGAAACUCUGGUCUUCUGGUCGAACUCCAGUCGCACCUCGUGUAUUUAAGGGAAAACUUGCCCGUUUUGCUCCCCAGUUCAGUGGUUAUAAUCAGCAUGAUUCGCAGGAGCUCCUUGCUUUUUUUCUGGAUGGGCUGCAUGAAGACCUAAAUCGUGUUAAGCAGAAACCCUAUAUUGAGGCCAAGGAUUAUGAUGGUCAGCCAGAUGAGGUAGUUGCUGACGUGUUUUGGAAAUAUCACAAGGCCCGGAAUGAUUCAGUAAUUGUAGAUAUUUGUCAGGGCCAAUACAAAUCAACGCUGGUUUGUCCAGUGUGUGGCAAGAUAUCUAUAACAUUUGAUCCCUUCAUGUACCUAUCAUUGCCUCUUCCGUCAAUAGCUACUAGAUCUAUGACAGUAACAGUGUUAUAUGGUAAUGGAAGUAGCCUUCCUAUGCCAUUCACUGUUAAUGUUCUGAAGCAAGGAAACUGCAAAGAUCUUAUCCAGGCAUUAGGUAUUGCUUGCAGCUUACAAAGUGAUGAAUACUUGCUCCUCGCCGAGGUCUAUGAAAAUCGGAUAUAUCGAUACGUGCAAAGUCCAUCAGAACUAUUGGCUACAAUUAAAGACGAUGAACAUAUAGUUGCCUACAGACUUCCAAAGAGGGAUACUGAUUUAACAAGAGUAGAGAUAUAUCACCGACAUCAGGCCAAUGAGGGUAAGCUGUUCUUGACGCCAUUAGUGACGGACUUAGAAGAUCCACAAUCUGGAGCUGAUAUUUAUCUCGCUGUUGAAAAAAUGCUCUCUCCUUUGAGAAGGAAAGAAUUAGAUACUUCAACAAGUAUGGACUAUAGCAGAGAGAAUGACUCCUCUUCCAGUACCCCAGAAGAGAAAAUGAACACCUGCAGCAGUCAAUUACUACCAGCAAUCCAAUCAACAGUUGAAAUAGAGGGAGAUGAAAUACCCAGCAAGGACUUCACAUUUCAGCUUUGCAUCACUGAAGAUAAUGGUUACAAAUGGAGGCCUAUAAUGAAAGAUACCCCCAUAAGACCUGGUCGUUUGACAAAAUUCCUAGUUGAAUGGACUGAAAAAGAACACGAGAUUUAUGAUGGUAGCCAUCUACAGGUUCUUCCUGAGGUUCACAAGUCUCGAAUCUUUGCAAACAAAAGCAAGCAAGAAGCUGUGUCUCUAUUUAGUUGCUUGGAUGCUUUUCUGAAAGAGGAGCCUCUAGGCCCUGAUGAUAUGUGGUAUUGCCCUCAGUGCAAGGAACACAGACAAGCUGGCAAAAAAUUAGAUUUGUGGAGAUUGCCAGAUGUACUUGUGAUUCACUUGAAACGAUUCUCGUAUAGUAAAUGGCUGAAAAACAAGCUUGACACAACUGUUGAUUUUCCCAUCCACAAUCUUGACGUAAGCAAAUAUGUGAAGAGUAAAAAUGCUUCUGCUGGGAGUCAUAUGUAUAAUCUGUAUGCCAUUAGUAACCACUAUGGGGGCCUUGGUGGUGGACAUUAUACUGCUUACUGCAAGUUAAUUGAUGACGGAAGGUGGUAUCAUUUUGAUGAUUCUCAUGUGUCACCUGUGAGUGAGUCCGAGAUCAAAACAUCGGCAGCUUAUGUAUUGUUCUACGAACGAGUUAAAAAUAAUUUAAACGGAACAUUGGGGGAGCCAUCAGAGCAUCAUAUUCCUUCUUGAUGUGUGGCUGAUGCUCUUUUUGCUCUAAAAGACUAUCAUGCUACCUGUUUGAUAAAGCAAACCCGCACUGGAGUUGACGGUGGGCCAUCACUCUUUUAACCCUGCUAACAGAAAAUGCGUCGAAAUAGAGCGUCAAUGCUGAAAGUGCAAGAGCUGGGGACAGUGAUGGCAAUGCAAUCUACUAUAUGAUAUUAUUUGAAGGGAUUCAAAUUUUGUAGGCAAGCUAGUUUAUAACUUAAUCUAGUCUGUUGUCAUUCAUUGGAAGGAAGCAUUGAGGAUUUAGUGCUUAUUUUAGAGUUACCAAAUUAAAUAUGAAGUUUUGGCUUGCUUUCUGGCGUGAGAUGUCUGCUAGAAAAGAUGUGCACCAUCACUUUUUUCUUCUUUGGAAUAGAACGCUAACCAAAUUGUAUGAAAAACGGUUAAAAGUUGAUUGAUAAAGUGAUAUUCAUCUC